GAGUGCACGAGCACGAGAAGCCAGCGACAGAGAGAGGAAUACAGGCUGCCUACUGUUACUGUGUCUCCCGGUUUCCCCUGGAUCUACAGACCUCGGCUCACACAUACACACGCAGGAUUCUUACACACACAGCUGAUUGGAGGAUCGCCCAGCCCUGCAGGCACACACACACACUCUUGCUCUCUCUUCAGCUGCACACACACACAUUUUGCGACUCUCCCGGGAACACUGAGUUUAUUGGAUCAAUCCGACCAUGCCUGUCUGACGGGGACCUUGCUCUCCCUUCAAUCGGAUCCCCCUCUCCUCCAUCUCUCUCUAUAACCAACCAAGGAGCUGCAGCCUACCGGACGUAUCCUCUGCCUUUGCCUUACCCAGUCAGCUGCUCGUUUGCAGGCAGCGUCAGGAGGACGGCUAAAGCUGGGGAUACUGGACCUUCCCUAACCAAGUCAAACCCAGUUUAGACCCAGCCUCCUGUAGCCCCGCCUCCUAUAGCCCAGCCCAGCCACCACUGCUAAUUCCAUUAACCAGACCAGAGGAGACGAGAGGGAGUGCCUUUUUAACCAACCGCCUGUCUGUCUGCAACCAGACCCUCUUUGCAUGCCCGCCUGUGGACUCUGGGAACACAUAGAGACCUGGAGGAUUGUGGAUGCUUAUAUACUGGAGUACUGGAGCAGUGUUGAAGACUGUCAGCAGGGAUGACUGAAAAAGGCUGCCUGCCUGACGGACGGUUCUAAGGUUGGAGAUGGACUGAGGGGUUGGUGACUGGAUAGCACGAUCUCCCAGCAAUCCUCCGUUGGAGGGGAGGGGGGGUGGUAAGAUCAAGGCCGGUAUCAAUGGGGGCGCCACGUGAGGUCUGGAAAGCUAAAGGUGGGGUCUCUACACCCUACCUCGACGUGCUCUGGAUUUGAACCUGAUAAAGCACCCAGAGACAAAGCUACAGGAACCACUACCAGCUUCCCGAGUUGUCUGGAUUUUCUAUGAGACCACGCUGCAGGUAUCUUACCACUCCUAAUGCAAUGUGUGAUUGGUAAUCAUUGAAGGAUUGGGACGCCUACCUUUCAGGAUCUCUUCACCUCUCUUCCUGGUCCCAUGGUUACCUGUAUCACUUGUAGACUUUCAAGUCAGCACCGUAACGUUGCUUUAACGCUUGUUCAACGCCCCCGUAGGUUUCCUUCGUACUGAGACCUCUCUGUGGUUAACAACCGGGGGAACCGAAGGAAAUCAAACGCCACGUGACGCAGCGACUCCAUGAACAGGGGGAUCGUGGGGAAUGGCGAGGAGUCCGAGUCGCCGCCGUCGAGGCUCUGAUUUGAGUUAACAGCCGGUCAGAGUAUUGGCUGACUGUCCACUAUCACCCACCACCAAUCUGGAUGGUGGAUAUUAGCACGCGGUCUCGGCAGAACGGGACUCCACCGGCUACUGCAGAGCUAAUGCUAUCUCCACUGACAGCCAUAACAUUAUCACAGCAGUGGAGAGUUGUUAAUAAUAUAUGAUUGUAGAUACCUGGAGGCGAGUCUGGAUAAAGUACUUGGAUUACAGUACCCCCGGAACGACAGGGGAAACAAAUUACCAACAAACUGCGUGUGUGCAGGAUGGCGGAAGCAGAGCAUGUGAUAUAUUGAAUUGUUUUAUUCCGCUGCCGAGCGACUGCGAUGAUGUGCACCGAGUCAGACACAUUGCAUGUGUGAGUGUGUGUGUGUGUGUGUGUCUGACGAUGUGUGUCUGCACUGCAGCUCCCUCGCGUCUCACACUCUGAGGAAUUGCAGAUAUGAGACGAGCACUGAUUCCAUCGCAGGCAACGCCAGAGACCCCAUGGACUUCUCUACCGCACACGCCGACAUUGUCUGUGUGAAACGACUGAUGCAUUGAAGAGGACGCUGCAGUGCUCUGACUCACCGUCUCACACAAUCAGACUCUCCAAGCCUCGUUCAACAUGUAGUAUGUAUGAGCCACGUUGACUUUCCUUCUCACCUGCCAAACCUUGAAGGAAUGAACGACUAAAGCCUGAAGCCAAAUCUAUUUUCUCCUACGCUGUGCUGAGCCUGCUGACAUGUUUCUGCCUCAGUGUCCUUGACGUUAGUGCUGGGACGUCCGUGACCUGCCCGUAGAGACCGGGCUGACAGCGGUGUUGCCUAGGUGAGGUGAGGCAACAGCUGCAAAGAGAGAAGGAGAGGGGGAGGGAAGGCGGGGAGAGGAGCACCUACGGACAGACGAGAGCUGUGACACGCAAGCCUGCAGCAAGCACCUCGGCCCGGUGGACUGAACCAGACCCUAUGAGAAGGUGACGAGAGCCCACAUCCCGUCACGUCAUUGUCUCUUUCUAGACUCAUGGAAAGCAACCAUAGCUAAACCUGAUGUCACUAGCGUCACACCGCGAGCAGGUGUCACAUUGAUAUUGCUUUCAUCCGUCACACUCUGGUGUGCCUGUCCACCUGAGUGUCUUUUUUUUGCUUUCUAGUUUUGCCUCCUCUGUCCUUCCCUCAGUCAAUUCACUCUGAGAUGGGAAGCUCUAUGGGCUGUGUGAGGCCUCCUAGGGAGGGAGGACACGGCUUCCCCCCACUGUCCCCCAACCCCAAACGGCGCCUCCGCUUCCGGCGGAAACGCAAAGGAAAGAAGCGCCAGAAAGGAGGGUCGUCGGUCGGCUCGGAGGUGGAAAGCGUAAGGAUAAGCAACAUACCGGAGGAAGAGGAUGAAGAGGAAGAGGACAAAGGCACUGUCACAGAGGCAACCACGGCCUCGUUCAACACUAUGAGUGACGUCGGGGCCAAAAUCACCAAUUUAACUGUGCCUCAUGUCCAAACUCAAUCCAGGCAGCCCCUUCCCAGUGCUCUCUGUACGGACUCCACGAGUGACAGCAUGGGGGGGUUGGGGGGUAGCAGAGUGCUGGAACUGUCCCCUGAGCCAAGCCCAGUGUGGAGAAGGCUGUCCUACCCCGGAGCUGGGAGUGACGAAGGGGGGACGAGCAGUACCAUAGAGGCUCCAAGCAGCCAAGGGCAACCCAGUGAGGACCCCACCCCCACCCCAGAUAACCCUGACCCAUCUUUCCCGUCCCAGGUGCACACCACCCCUGGUGGGGGUCGAGUCUGCAAAGUCAGGGAGCGAGAACAAGGGGUCCUGGAGAGGCCUUGUAUACGAAGACCCAAGAAGGAGAGGGAACGGGGGAAAAAAGGAGAAGAGGAGAAAGAGGUGGAGGAUGAAGGUGGGGGUGGGCCAGCGGGGAUGCUGGGGGUUGCUUUUAACAACCCUUUGUCAAAGGAGCACAAAGGGGUGGUCCACAUUCGUGAGGUGGAGGGCCGGCUGUGUGUUGUGAGGACAGUCUACCCCAGUGACUUUGGGUCCCCGGUUUGGAGAGGGGACAGUUACCAUGACAAAGAGGUAGAAGUAGAGGUAUGUGCCGAACCUCCAGCCGCAUCCCCUGUGACUGGGAACAUCCUCAAAGUACAUCUUUCUGAGGAAGACAGCAGGAGAGCCAAAAUGGAUGCCAGGACCACUUUCCUUAUGGGGACCCAGGAAACCACAAGAGUCAAGGAACUCGGUCUGGAUAAACCAGCACAGGUCCAAGAGGGACUAUUAAUACAGAACCCUCUUUGCUCUGCCUAUGCCAGCGAUCUGCCCCGCACCUCCUCAGAGACAGAGCUAAGCAGGGUUGGCUUGACCCAAAGGAGACCCAAAAUGGACACCUCAGGUCUCAAUAUGACAACCAACCUUAUGGAGACCCAGGAAGCUAUAAAAGUCGAGGGACCCUCGGUACAGGACCCUCUGUCCUCUGGCUAUGCCAGCGACCUGCCACUAACCUCCCCAGAGGCAGGGGGCGCCACCCAGAUAGACUGGGAAAGCUCCAGAGAGGGACUGGACUCUGCAACUGACAGUCCUCUAUCUCCACCCCAGGUCACCACAAAGCAGUUCCCUCAGAUCUCCGAGAUCUAUGUGAGCGGGGAGUCUGGGGACCUGACGGCUAAGGAGAAGCUGUUGUUAUGGAGCCAGAAGGCCUCCGAGGGCUGGCCUGGCCUCCGCUGUACCAACUUCUCCUCCUCCUGGAGCGACGGGCGCAUGUUCAACGCCCUGCUCCACAGAUUCAGGCCAGAUCUGAUUGACAUGGAGGUGGUGGCACAGCAGAGUAACCUUGACAACCUGGAGCAGGCCUUUGAGAUCGCCGAGUCGCUAGGGGUGACCAGACUACUGGACGCUGAAGAUGUGGACGUUCCGUCUCCAGAUGAGAAGUCGGUCAUCACAUACGUCUCCUCCAUCUACGAUGCCUUCCCCAAGAUCCCAGAGGGAGGAGAGGGCAUCGCAGCACACGAGGUGGACCACCGCUGGGCAGAGUACCAGUCUCGUUUCUCCAUGCUGCGCCAGUGGAGCCGGCAGCACACGGCCCUCAUGGCCAACAAGAACUUCCCACUGGACCCUGUGGAGCUCAAGGCACUUUACAAUGAGUACGUCCAUUUCAAAGAGACGGAGAUCCCUGCCAAGGAGCUGGAGAAGAGUGGCGUUGAACACCUCUACAAACUGCUGGAGGUAUGGAUGGAGUUUGGGCGCAUCAAGCUGCCCCUGGGUCUGCACCCCAACGACCUGGAGGAGGAGUGGGGCAAGCUGAUCCUGGAGAUGCUGGAGAGAGAGAAGGCCCUGCGGCCCGCUGUGGAGAGACUGGAGUUAUUGCUGCAGAUGGCCAAUAAGAUCCAGAACAUGGCCCUGGACUGUGAGGAGAAACUCACCCUGGCCAAGAACACACUGCAGGCCGACAUGUCCCGGGUGGAGAGUGGCGAGGCGGUGCGUUGUGAGAGGGAGCUGGGCUUGUACCUGCAGGACUGUGAGGUUCUGAUCAGACGGCUCAACGUGGACCUCCAUGUCCUCCGAGACCAGAAGUACUACCAGGUGGAGCAGCUCGCCUUCAGAGUGUCCUGUCUCCACGAGGAGUUGGUCUCUCUCCGGCUCCAGUGCUCCAGCGUCUACAGGAAGGGUCACUUCUCCCCGGUGACGGGGGGAGACCGGACGGCCCCGCGGGGGAGCGACAGUGGUCUCUCCCUGUCCACUGGGGCCCAGACCCUACUGGGGGCAGUGGGGGUGAUGGGGGCAGCCCUGCUCAGGAGACCCAUGUCCCGCUCUCAGCUGGUGGCCAUGUCACCCUCAGAGGACGAGGGGAGUCUCCGGUUCGUCUAUGAGCUCCUGGGAUGGGUGGAGGAGACACAGGACAUGCUGGAGCGUGCAGAGUCGGGGGCGGACCUGCCCUCCGUAGAGCAGAACCUCCAGGACCACCAGAACAUCCACACUGCCGUGGAGGAGCUACUGCACAGCCUGAAGGAGGCCCGCAACUACGAGACGAAAGUCUCUCGUAACUUCAGAAGCAAUUAUUCUGACACUCUGGCCAAGCUGGAGCAGCAGUACUGCAAACUACUGGAAAACUCAUCGUGGCGUAUGCGCUGCCUGGAGAGCCUGCAUGCGUUUGUGUGUCGCUGUACAGAGGAGCUGAUCUGGCUCAAUGAGCGAGAAGAGGAGGAACUGGCCUACGACUGGAGCCACAACAACACCAACGUCAACGCCAAGAGAGAUCUAUACGCCGAAAUGAGGUCAGAGCUGGAGGAGAAACAGGAAGUGAUGCACUCGCUGCAGGAAACGGCCGACCGGCUCUGUCAGGAGAACCACCCGGCCAAACAGACAGUGGAGGCGUACAGUGCAGCGCUGCAGACCCAGUGGCAGUGGGUACGCCAGCUGUGUGUGUGUGUGGAGCAGCAUCUCAAAGACAAUACUGCCUACUUCCAGUUUGUGAGUGACGCACGGGACUGCGAGACGUACCUGCGUCAGCUCCAGGACACCAUAAAGAGACAGUACACCUGUGACAAGAGCAGCAGGCUGGGCAAGCUGGAGGACCUGCUGCAAGACUCUAUGGAGGAGAAGGAGCAGCUGAUUGAGUACCGCAGCUCUGUGGCCAGCCUGGUGGGCCGGGCCAAGACGGUGGUGCAGCUCCUCCCCCGCAGCGCCGAGAGCACCUUGGGAAGCACCACCCCCAUCCGCGCCAUCUGUGACUACCGGCAGAUAGAGGCUAACGUUCAGAUCACCAUCAGCCGAGGUGAGGAGUGUGUGUUGGAGGACAAUUCUCAGAGGACUAAAUGGAAGGUGAUCAGCCCCAGUGGGAAUGAGGCCAUGGUGCCGUCAGUCUGCUUCACCGUACCACCGCCCAACCAGGAGGCCAUGGACACCGCCAGCAGGAUGGAGCAGCUGUACCAGAAUGUGAUGUCUCUAUGGCACAAUCUACACGUCAGCAUGAAGAGUGUGGUCUCCUGGCACUACCUGCAGAAAGACAUCAGGACCGUCUCCUCUUGGAGCCUGGACACGGUACGUUCCCAGACCCCUGUGGCCAGGGACCAGGCUCUGAACCAUUUGGAGGCCCACCUGGCUGACUUCCUCUCUGACAGCAAAGAGAGCGUCCUCUUUAACCCCGCUGAGAGACGCGAGCUGGAGAGAGACGCCCACACCGCCCAGGAACACUGCCAGGACCUGCUGGUCAACAUGGAGACAGUGGAGAAGGAUGAGUCUGUCUCUCGGUCCUACCUGUCAGAGCUCCAGAGCAUUAAACUGUGUCUGGAGGAGGCGGAGCAAAAGCUGAUGCGCGGCAUUCAGACUCUGCCCCCUAGCAACCUAUUGGGCAACAGCGUCGACAACACUGUUCAAAUUGCAGAGCAAGAGAAGCUGCAGUCGGACCUGGAUGGUCUGAGGACCAGUCUUGGCGAGGUGUCGCGUCGCUGUGUGAAUUUCUUUGAGGAGAAGCCCACCUCCUCCACUGUUCCCAUGCUGCGCUCUGAACUCAACCUGGCUGUGGAGAAGAUCGACAGACUACACAACCUCUCCUCUGUCUACCUGCGCAAGCUGAAGACAGUGGAUGUGCUGAUCCACAGCUUGCAGGCCGCAGAGAGCCAGGUGAAGAGGUACGAGAGCAGGCUGAGUGAGGAGGACAUCGUUCCUGCAGACGCCAACGCCAUCCAGGCCCUACGGGAACAACUGGGGACGUGGCAGUCGGAGCUUGAGGACCAGGAGGGGGUGUUGAGCUCCCUGCAGUCAGGGGUGCAGAAGGCCCGGGAGGCGGGGACUCAGCUGAACAGGCUCCACCCAGACCGCAGCCCGGAGCUGGAGCGCUACCAGGAGAAAGCCGCCCAGCUCACCGAGAGGUGGGCCGGAGUCAAGAGACAGAUGGACACACGGCGAGCCGAACUAAAGGCCCUGGGCUCAGUCCUGCAGCACUACAGAGACGGCCACUCUGCUCUGAUCCACUGGAUAGAGGAGACCACUGAGAGACAGGAGAACACCCAGCCUGGACAGACUGACAGCAGAGUCCUGUCUGAACAACUGGCAGAACAAACGGCAUUAGUAGCCGAGAUCGAAAAGAACCAGACCAAACUAGACGAGUGCCAAACCCACUCCAAACAGUACUGCACCUCUGUCAAGGACUACGAGCUACAACUGAUGACAUUCAAAGCCUUUGUGGAGUCGACCCAGAAAUCCACUGUUAAGAGGAGGAGGAUGCACUCUUCAUCAGACGCUAUCACGCAGGAGUUCAUGGACUUGCGCACACGCUACACAGCCCUGGUUACCUUGACGACGCAACACGUCAAGUACAUCAGCGAUGCACUGAGGAGACUCGAGGAGGAAGAGAAAGAGGUGGAGGAGGAGAGGCAGCAGAGGGUGGGCCAGGUGUCAGAGCUCCUGGGCUGGGUCAAGGGCCUCCAGGGCCCCUCCGCCGAGUCAUCCAUUGCGGCGCAGCAGGCUGUCGGUGAGCAGUUAGCGGCUAAGAAGGAGGAGGUGGCUCAGGCUAUCAGGAACACCCAAGUCUUCCUGAUGUCUAAACAGGCCAGCAAGUUGUCCCCAGAGGAACGUGUCCAGGUGACCUCCCAGCUGGAUGAGCUGACGGCCACCUACAGCCAGCUGUGUGACCGUUCCACCGCCCGACUGCAACAGCUGGAGCAGGAGCAGGCCAAAGAGGAGCAGAGAAAGAGCCAAGCUGCCAUUGGCGGAGUUAUUGACCUGGGCACCAUGGAAACUGUCCCAGUCUUCAAAGCUGCUCAGCGUGGCCUCAUUGAUCAGGACACCUGCCAUGUCUUAUUGGAGGCCCAGCUCACCAUGGGUGGGUUAUUUCAGCCUGUCUCCCCUGUGAGCCUAUCACUGGAAGAGGGCUUCAACUGUGGCCUGAUUGAUAGUCUCAUCAGCCAAUCCCUAGCAGAGCUGGAGAGUGCCUUGCAUCUUGUCGACCAGACAGAACAACUGGAGGGCCAGCUCCUUCCAGUGGCUGCAGCCAUGGAGGAGGGCCUUAUCAGAGAGGAGUUGGGGCUGCGUAUCCUGGAGCUGCAGAUGAACACAGGAGGCCUGAGGGAGUUGGGAGGAAGAAGACUGACCCUGGAUAGUGCUGGAGAGAUGGGCCUGCUGACCCCAAGGGUCUACACCAAGCUCAGGUCACGGGUCAAUCGGCGGGAGCUCGUUGACCCUAACACAGCAGAAAAGCUGAAUCUGUCUGAACUGCAGCAGCGCUGUGUCCUCAGCGAUGACACCAGCUUGUAUCUGCUGCCAGUCAAACAGCAGCCAGGAGGCACCGUCUGCCUCGCUUCCGGCAGGAAGGUUGGGAUCUUCCGUGCUGUCCAAGAGAAUCUGAUUGACAGGCAAGUUACGGUGAGAUUACUGGAGGCCCAGCUAUUUGCUGGUGGGAUUGCUGACCCCCGUACGGGACGCCGCCUGACUGUGGAUGAGGCUGUGCGUCACAAUCUGAUGGACCAGGACCUGGCCUGUGCCAUGCUGACCCGCCAGCUGCAGAGUGGUGGGAUACUAGACCCUGUAAGUGGGGAGCGCCUAGGGUUGGAGGAAGCCAUCCAGAGGGACCUGCUCUCACCUCAUCUGGCCCUGCUGGUGCUCGAGUCCCUCUGGGCUUUUAUGGGGAUGCUCUGGCCUGAGUCAGGGGAGCUGCUGCCCAUUGCAGAGGCUCUACAACAAGGGGUCAUCUCGGGAGAGCUGGCUCUGAACAUCCUGAGACAACGCCACACGAUAGGUGCCCUGUACCUUCCUGAAAUCCCCAAGGUUGUGUCCCUGAAUCAGGCUAAGGAGGUCAUUGAACCCAAAGUGGCUGAGAUUCUGAAAGAGAUUCAGAUCCCAGAUGUGCUACACAACAUGAACCAGUCAGGCUCCCCAAAUCUAAAUCGCCUAAGCUGGGGCUCCACUGGGUCAUCCCCUCCCUCCUCACCACCUGCCUCUUCCCCAGAGCACACAUGUUUCCCCUCAUUUCUGGAGGAGAUGGCCCCUGAGGAACAGGCACAUCACCGCCUGCUUUUCCAUUUAAUGACCCACAGUUAUAUAGAUGCACAUUCUGGCCAGCGCUUAGUGUUGUUCGAGCCUGAGCUGGUGGAACUUGUCAAGGCUGCUACUGGUCUGAUCAAUGUGGAUCCUAUACCUGGAGUGGUGGUGUCAGGGUUGAGUUUGACUUCACAGAGACAGGAGUUUAUGGAAGUAGUGCCAAUUGUAAGUUUGGCAGAUAAUCAGCAGACAAGGGAAAUCGGAGAGGUCCAGGAAAAGAGUGCAAAAUUCAGCUCGUCUGAAAAAUAUAUUUCCUCCAGAAAGAUGGUAGAAGAAGCUGAUCGUCAAGGAUGGGAUGGUACAUCUGACAUGAUAUUGCAGGCUAAGCAAACUGGAAUUCAGGAGAUGGGAAAGGUAGACGUUGACUCAACCAUGAGAAUAAGUGAGAAGGUAGAUGGAGGUGUACAUAGAGAAGUAAAAGGUGAAAAGGAUGAAAUUAUUCUUUUUGAACGUGUCCAGCCCUCAGCUGGACUACCAGAAAAGCAAUUAAUUAUAGGCUCGUAUGAAGAGGGGCUGGUAGAGAUUGAAUCAGAGGGAGCAAGAGAGAGUCACAAAAAGACAAAGGAUAAGGACUCACUCAUGGAAGACAUUGACGGCACACUUGUAGAAGCCUCAGAAAUUUACUCAGCACCAUUUAAGACCAAGGCAGAGACUCUGAUGCCAACCCAAUCUGAUGCCAACCCUAUUCCACCAUCAGAGACUAAUGAAAAUGAGAGCAUGCCUGUGAGUGUUGGAGUUAAACAUACUAUGAAGGAUUCUCAGAGGGUCACAGUGAAGACCCCACCCCAGGUUAUGAGUUUAGAGGCAGCAGCAGUGAAGAGUGAGGAGGAUGUUGAGCUGGAAAGGUUGACCUCAGAGCUUCACCAAGGGGGUCUACUGAUGGAAGGAGGGCAGCGGCUUCUCCCAGAUGAAGCCGUGGCUCAGGGGGUCCUCCCUGGACACACUGCAGUCAAGCUGAUGGCCAAGGCAGGACUUUUCGGAGGUUUCCUGGAUGUCAGCGCGUGUGAAUCUCUGAGCAUGGAGGAUGUGAUGCAGGAGGGUCUGCUUGACGAAGACCUGAUGUGGAGUGUGCUGAAAUCAGAGAAGACCCUGGCAGGGGUAGUGGAUGUAGAGAAGGGGAAGAUUUGUACCCUGAAGGAUGCUGCUCAGGCAGGCCUGAUAGACUCCAACACAGCUGCUCGGCUUCUGGAGGCCCAGGUGGUCUCAGGGGGAGUGGUUGACCUGCGAAGGGAUAAGAAAGUGUCUGUUACCCUGGCAGCCAACCUUGGGCUAAUAGAGGAGGACCAACGAGAAAAGCUAGUUGCGCUGGAGAAGUCAUACCGUGGAAAAUACUCAGACCCAGAUUCAGCGCUAACCAAAGCAACGUUGCAGCUGCAAAUGGAUGGGGUUGUCGAUCCCAAAACGAAGUCACCUGUUCCCCUAAAGCUGGCCCUUGAAAGAGGUUUGCUUGGGCAGGAGGAAGUCUAUCAAGCCUUGUCUCAGCAAGUAGCAGAGGGUGGCAUCGUGCACCACAACUCUGGAGUUCGACUGUCAGUUGCUGAUGCUUUGCUGCGAGGUCUGGUAGACCGCACCAUAGCCCCAGAACUGGGGGAGUUAGAGAGAGCAUGUCAGGGGGAAGUCGCCCUCUCUUCAAACCCAGAUGCUGCCCUCCUCCAGGCAUCCACAGGUGCCAUUUUGGACCCUGAUUUAAAUUGUAGACUUACAUUGACAGAGGCUGUCUCCGAUGGUCUGCUCGAUGAGAGCACUGCCAAGAAAGCAAUGGUUUCUCCAGGUGUAACACAAGGUUUGUUGGAUCCACAAAGUGCCCAAAUUGUGCCUUACUCAGACCUUGUAAACCAAGGCAAGAUUGACAUUAAGAGUGGAAAGCGCUUCUUGGAAGUGAAGCCUUUCAAGGGAAUCCAGGAUAAGCAAACAGGUGAAAUCCUGAAUUUAGCUGAAGCAAUUGCAUCUCAACAAGUUGAUCCGGUCCCAGCGCUCAGAAUGUUGCAAAGCCAGGCAGACACUGGAGGGAUUAUUGAUAUUUCCAAUGGAGCUAGGCUCCCUCUGCCUAAAGCCUCUAAGAAAGGGCUGGUGGGAGAACAUAUGGCCAGGCUCAUUGCCACCAACCAGGUUCUGAAAGGGGGCUUGUUUGACCCUUCCACGGGGCAGAGAGUCUCUAGCCUGAAAAAAGCUGUCAAAUAUGGGCUUAUAUCCAGACAAAUGGCUGCAGAACUCCAGGGCAACUUGGGCUCCAUGGACGUAGAAUCUGACGAUGAGGAUAGUUCAACACCCAUUGCCUCUUCAGAUGGGACCUAUAGUCCUGCAGUCACAUUAUCAAUAUCCAGUCCAGACAGCCAAACCAAAAUAAUUAUUGAAAGCUCUGAAGUUAUUUCUCCAUCCCCACAUCCAGAAGAGUCAGAAAAGGGGUAUAACCCUUUGAUGAUCACAGAGGACAUUGUAAAUACUCUAGAAGCUGGAACGUUCAAGCAGUCAGAAGAUCUGCAACACCAUGGCUCUGUACACAUUGAAGAAGAGAUGGAAGAUGGAGAGGUCUCAAUAGCCGGGAAGUCAUUUGACAUCGAGUCAGACCAGUCAAUCAAUUUGUUGGCUCAGUUUGCAAUCAAUGCGGAGAAAAGGGUUCAGCAGGCCCUUCAGGAGAUGGUGACUCCGCAAGAUGUUACUGUUCGACCACCAGAAAAUUAUAAAAAGGGGUCUAGACCUGUGGGUGAAAGUAGUUCAGUCUUGCAGCAGGGGCAGUCUGCUAUGGGCAAAGAACCACGGAUGGACUUGACAGGGGCCAUUGGCAGAGAAGGUAGGGAUCAACAGGGCAGCAUAGAUAUUUCUACACUGGUUGAGAGAGAUGAAGGGAAGACAAAUGUGGUAGAAGACAGUACUGAGAGUGUGGUGGAGCAAGGUAGAAUGGAGGUUGAGAGGGACACAAAGAUUGAGGUCACAGGGUGUGAUGAUCUUGGACAUGCAUCACCCCCUUCUAACGAGGCUGAAGGUAAGAGCAAAAAGAAGAGGAGGAAUAAGAAGAAAGGAAAAGGGGAGGUUGACAUUGAGCAAAGACCCUCAGAAGAAGCUGAUAUUCAGAAAAUGGAAAACAAAGACCAGAAUGUACAAUCUAAGGAUAAGGGUGUUGAGUCCACCAGAGGUUAUGUUACCCCACAGGAGAAAGAGGAGUCCCUUGUGCAAGAUGUUCAAUCUGCACUUGAAAGUGCCAGGGCACGGACUGUUGAGAGGUUUGGAGAUCCAGAAGAUAUUGGCAAAGUAAGGGAAGCUUCUGCUGUUCCGCUUGGAGUCAUAGAAGAUGCUCUUGAGGUAGAGAGAGAUGGUACAGAGUAUAAGGGCUUCAAGGACCAGAGACGGGUGGAGAAGAACAAAACGUCUAAGAUACCUAUGGCAUCAGAGAAGGUUGAACCUGUGACAGAGGAGAUACCAUCCAUCCAUGAUAUAGCAGGUUCUGAAGUGACAGUAACGAAGGGUGUUCUCAACAGCUUCGACAAAAAGUCUAAGAUAACCAUAGUAGCAGAAAAGGUUGAAUCUGUGGCAGAUGAGCGAUCGUCCAUCCAUGAUAGAGUAUCCAUUCAUAAUAGAGUUUCUAAGGAUGAGCAAAUGCGGGAGGGAGAGCACAUUGUGGGAAAGAGUGAUUCAGAUGGGGAGAAGACUGUUUCUCAACCGACUGGACAACAGGAGCAUAAGGAUAGAAAAGAGGUGGAAUUCACUCUGAAAACCCCCCAGGCAGCAAAUGACAAAGAGGCCCUUUUACGGAAGGCAAAAGAGAGUAUCCUGAGGAAGGUGUUUGGGCGAGGUGUUAGUGAGAAGCAAGCUGCAGAUGAGCUAGAGGCACUGCGUCAGGGAGUGGGGAAGAAGGAGAGUUUGGUGACAUCUGUAGAGGAAGUUAAGACUGUAGGGAGUCCUGAGGUUUCACCAGAAGAGAGUAAAGGAAUUGACAAGAAGGAAGGAGAAAGAGGGAAAGUUCUGCCUCACCAUUCUAUGAUUCCUGUAGCAGCAGUGGAAGUGGAAAAAGCUCUGCCAUACCAGGUUAAAGGAGGAAGGAAAGAGGAGAAAGUUCUACCAGACCAGGCUAAAGGAGAGAAAGAGGAGAAAGUUCUACCAGACCAGGCUAAAGCAGAGAAAGAGGAGAAAGUUCUACCAGACCAGGCUAGAGAAGGAGAGAAAGAGGAGAAAGUUAUACCAGACCAGGCUAGAGAAGGGGAUAAAGUUAUACCAGACCAGGCUAGAGAAGGAGAGAAAGAGGAGACGGUUCUACCAUCUCAAACAGACCAGCUUAAAGAGAUGAUGCCGAGAAAGAAAAAUCAGAAGAACAGAAAGUCUAAGAUGCGUAGAGUGGUAGAAAAAGUUGAACCUGCGACAGAGGAGAAGCCAUCCAUCCACAAUAGAGCAGAUUCUGAAGUGAAAUCCAUACCUGCUGAUCUUGAGAGCUCAGUCUCUGGGGAUGAGCAGAAGCUUGAGGAGCAGCAAGACAGUAAAUCAGAGGAGCUGAACAAAAUGGCUGCCUCUACCAAGAGUCUUAGUGGAGUUGACGCCAAUCAACAAAGAUCAACCCACACCACUGCACCGUACCAAAUCAAUGCACACCUUGAGGAGAAAACUAAGGAGGUUAUUUCUUUGAGGAGAGAAAUUGACCCACAUGGCAAGGAAAUUGAACAGUUUAGGAUUGGUACACCUGAGAAGGAUGUCCACCUAGACACCCAUCGUGUUAUUGACGUUGUGGAUGCCUCUCCUGAAGCACUUGUAUCCAUGUCAGGUGCCCAUCUGGUCAAGGCCUCUGUGGCUCCAGGUACCCAGACUGCUAAGACCACAGAGGAAAUGGAUGCACAUCUGGUGAAAGAUACUGAGGAGGACAGGUCUCUGAGCAAACAAACUGAUCUUCCUGGCAAGGACAUUGAACAACUAAGAAUUAGUACACCUGAGGAGGCAUCUUUGGCGCCUGCUGCCAAGCCAGCAAAAACUACUGGCAAAGGGAAGAAGAAGAAGAAGCAACAGCAGCAAGAACAACAGGAGCAGAAACUUGACAGUGAAACUGAGUGUAAAGAGGAACAGUCCCUUGAGGAGUCCACAGAAUCAGGACAGUCCUGGUCUGACGAGAGCCCACAGUCUGAUGCAAAUGAGAUGGUUGAAUCUGAUACAACCGAGGUGCCCGAAUCUGAUACAACUGAGAGCUGGGAGGAGGAGGAUGGAGAAAUCCAAGAAUUGGAGAUAAGGAAAGAGAAGAGCCCAGCUAAGACAGGAAAGUCCUCGUUGCUCCGCCAGGAAUUCCUAGAACAUGACCAGCAAAUUGUGGCUCUGCUCUCUAUGGUGAGACACAUCGAGGUUCGCCUCAAGCAGCAGCAGCAACAGUCGAUUGGUCGCAGCCUCAUUGCCCUUGAUGACAUCAUCAAACAGACAGAGACCUUGGAUCUAGAACUUUGGGAUUUAGAAUCCCAGGUCAAAAAGGAAGUGGAUGCUGCUGGGCAGCUGCUGGAGCCCCGCCCACAGGAAGUACCACCUCAACUACUAUUGGCCUUGGAAAAGGAUGGGCGAAGCUUAGCUCGAGGUUACGAGGCUGCCAGAGGGGUUUCAGAAAACAUCUUGCAGGGGCUGCGCGCACACAGAGAGGCACAUAAGGAGGCAGUGACUGGGGAACAGAGGUCACUUGGAGGGCGAGUAGAAGAUCUUCUCUUCUGGCUGAAGGAGACUGAGGCACAAAUGACAGGAAUGGAUGGGCAAACCCAGGGCGAGACUCCUCCUCAGCGAACACAACAGCUCCAGCUGUGCAAGGAGUUGCAGUCGUCUCUCUCGGCGCGCUCCAAUGACGUCAACGCGCUUGCCUUUGACAUCCAGGUGUUCAUCUCGGAGCGGGCUCAGGACCUGGCUCCAGAACAGAGCAGGCACCUCCUUGGGCAGCUACAACAGCUCCAGAGGGGCUUCCACCGAGCCGCUGGCCAAGCCCACGCCAAGACCGACACCCUCGCCGCCCAGAGAGAGAGGGAGGAGGAGAGGCAGCGCAGGCACAAAGAAAAAGAAGAGGAAGAGAAGGAGAGAGAAAGAGAGAGACAGAGUGCAAGGGAGAGAGAGGUGGUGCAGCAGCACAAAGCAGAGUGCUCACAGAGAUUGGAAGGCCUUACAAUGUGGUUGGCUGGAGCUGCCAGCGUGCUAGCUAAUCAAAGAGCGGGAGCAGAGUCGGGUGAUGUGAAUGUGCUGCAGCAGAAACAGAGCGAGCUAAAGGAAGUACAGAAGGACCUGCUGACCAGAGGCGAGGGCGUGGCGGAGACCAUCCGCUCGGUGGAGGAGUUCCUGGCGGAGCACGGUGACAGCCUGAGUCCAGAGGACAGGGCCAACCUCCAGGGGGCACUGUCCCGUAUGAAGGAGCAGUACAGUGCCCUAACCGACACGGCCGACUCCUCCCUGGCCCAGCUGGACACGGCCAUCAGCACCACCGUCCAACAGAACACACAGCGGGCGAAGGCAGUAAAGGAGCUGCAGGAGACCCGGUGUCAGAUCGACUCGCUGCUGGAGGAGCUCUCCUCCCUGAACCAGCCUGGGAGAAUAGGAACUGGCAUGACUGUUACUGACCACCCCUCCUCGCCAGAGGGAAGACUACAAUCACACAGUGACAUGCUCCAGACGGAGCUCCAGCAGCUCCAGGCCCAGCAGGCCCAGCUGAUGCAGGUGUCCCAGAACGCUCGAGCCCUCCUGGACCAGCCCGACUCGGCCGUGCCAGCCGAGGAGAAACGGCGUCUGCGGGGCCAGCUAGACCAGCUCCAGACCCAACACCAGGAGAAGCUGCGGGCCUGCCAGGAGAGGCUGAGGUGCUCUGAGGCCCUUAAGGACGAGCUGGCCAAGUUCCUCCAGGAGCACGGAGGCCUGGGGACCUGGCUGGAACAGAGUGAGGGGGAGCUGGGUUCCUUAGGGGAAGGAGAGACGGACGCACAGGGCCUGAAGGGGAGACUGGAAGAGCACAAGAAGCUGGCGGAGGAUGUGAUCUGCCACAAGGCAGACCUGCGCUUCGUGUCCAUCUCGGGUCAGAAGGUGCUGGACUCUGUCCAGGGGGCUCUGGAGAAGGUAGGAGGGUCUGACCCAGCCCUGGAGGAGACCAAGCAGCUGGUCACGGACAAGCUACAGGACGCCAACCACCGUUACACCGCGCUGCACACCAAGUCGUCAGAUCUGGGGGGGCGUCUGUCGGGUCUGUUGGAACGCUACCAGCAGUACCAGGACGAGGCUGUGUCGCUCCACACCUGGCUCAGCACCCAGGAGCAGAACCAGAGUAUAGCCGGACCCAGCGGAGAGACGGACACACAGACACUACAGAACACACUGCUGGCCGUACAGCUGUUGCAGGAUGAGCUGGCGGAGCGGUCAGUCCAUUUGGAGAAGGUGAGGAGGGCAGGCAGAGAGCUGGCUAACACACAGGAGUCCCCCACUCUCAGAGCUGCCGAGAUCAUCAGCACUGCAGAUGGUCUGGAGAAGAGGUUCAGCUCUCUGUCUGAGUCCGUGUCCGAGCGAGCUGAGCAGCUCCAGACGUCCGUAGCCCAGUCGGUCAGUGUCCAGGAGGGGCUGAAGGGCCUGCUAGCCUGGCUAGACGGCCUACUGCUGACCCCCGGGCCCGUCCAACCCACCGCCCAGGCUGUCCAGGACGCCCUCACACAGAAUCAGAAACUACGCCAAGAGCUGUUAUCCAGACAGGGCAGUGUGGAGGCCACCUGCGACUCGGUCUCCAAACUGCUCCAGAGCUCUGACGCCUCCACGGCCUCCGGGCUCCAGGGGUCACUAGAGCGCCUGAGCCGGCACUACGCCGCGGCAUUGGCCAAGCAGGCCGAGAGGGAGGCUGAGCUCCGGGGGCUCCUGCCCAAGCUGGAGAACUAUGAGAGACUGAGUACGGACCUGCAGGGUUUUACUCAGACCAGGCUGAGAGCUUUGAGCCCCGCGGGACAGCCUGAACGCAGUGUGGAGGACUACAGACAGACCAUUGAGGAGGUGAGAGCAGAGCAGGAGCAGGAGGCAGGUCAACUGAAGUCAUUCUGCCAGCUGGGGACAGACCUAAGCCAAGCCAAGGCCCUGACCAGCACACAGACCCUACUGGACAACGUCAGAGAGGUGUCCGAUGAGUUCGCCCGACUGGAAUCCAACAUCACUGAAAGGAACAACGCCAUCCAGAGUUGUGAGCAGCGGUUGGGCCACUUCCGGUCUCUCUCUAGCUCCCUCCUCAGCUGGCUCCACACAACACAGGAGCAGCUGCCUCCCAAAGAGGCCAACCUCAGCGCAGAGGCCCUGCAGAGGAGAGUGCAGCAGCUCGAGGACUUACUGAGCGACUGGGAGGCCCAGGGGGUUCGGGUUCAGGAGCUGAACAAGACUGGGUCAGAACUGGAGAACCUCAUCAUUAACAUCACAGCCCCCCAGGCCAAGACAGGUGUUCCCCAGAUCAAUGGUGCAGACAGCCCCAGCAGGGUCAAUGGCAUUCACACAUGCAAAGACCUGACAGAGAUGCAGGUGGCGGUGGCGGAAGUGAGCGGACGUUACGAGGAGCUGGGAGGGGAACUGAAGAACAGACGGCGGAACCAGGAGGCUUCUCUGGACCUCAGACAGAAGGCCAGCCAGGGUACCGAGGAGCUCAGCCGCUGGCUGGGAGACCGGGAGAACAGCCUGCACCUGGGCCAGACUACCACCUCCCCCUCCAAACCUGAGUUGGUACGCGCCCAGGCCCAGGAGAACAAGGCCUUACUGUCUGAGCUGGCAGCGCAUUCUGGGAAGGUGGAGGAGCUGAAGAGCAACCUGGAGAAGCUGAUAGCAGACAACCCAGACUCCCCAGAGGCAGACACCUGGAGACAACAAAUGAAGGAGAUCGACUCCCGCUGGGCAAAGGCCAAUGAGACGGCAGUACAGAGGCAGACGGAACUGGAGACCUGUGCUGAUAGGCUGGGCAGCUUUGCUACAGCAGCCAGUCAGUUGGGGCCGUGGCUCAGAGAGAAGGAGCUGAUGAUGAGUGUGCUGGGACCCCUGAGCAUCGACCCCAACAUGCUGAACACCCAGAAACAACAAGCCCAGUUCAUGCUGCGUGAGUUUGAGACCCGCCGGCCCCAGUUCGACCAACUCACCCAGGCGGCCGAGGGCAUCCUUUCCCCGUCUGGUGGCGACUCCUCCCCGCAGGAUGCCAAGGACCUAGCGGAGGUCCGGUCCGAGCUGGGCUCCAUCUCUCAGCAGUGGGACGACCUCACUCAACGUCUGUCCCAGCGCUCAGAGGACAUCGACCAGGCCCAGGGCACCAGCGAGCGAUACCAGGCCCUGCUGAAGGACCUUACGGUCAGCGUGGGGGCGCUAGGCGAGCGGCUAGACGGCCAGGCCUCGCUCAGUGCCCAGCCUGAGGCCCUGAAACGGCGUCUGCAGGAGACAGGCGAGAUCCGCUCUGAGCUGGAGCAGAGGAGGGAUGAGCUGGGCGAGGCGGAGAAGCUGUGCGGCGAGCUGAGCGCCAUCGUGGUUGAACCUUACCUGAGAGACGAGCUGAAGAAGAGGCUGGAGAGCGUGAGGAGCCCGCUGAGGAGCCUGGAGGAGAGGGCCACUGACGGUCUGUCCCAGCUCCAAGCUGCUCUCUCCAGCACCCAGCAGUUCCAGCAGAUGUUCGAGGAGCUGCGGAGCUGGUUGGACAACCAGGGUGGUCAAAGAGACUCUACCGCCGACUCCCUCCCCUGCCAGCCCGAGGCUAUCCGGACCCUGCUUGCCCAGCAAGAUGAGCUUCAUCGCGGGGUGGCCAGCCAACGUGGCCCUUACGAGCUCAUCCAGGCCGAGGGGGCCUCCCUGCUCGCCAAGCUACCCGCCGGCGGCGAAGAGCGAUCAGCCUUACAGUCCCGGCUCGCCACCCUACGCCGGGACUGGGAUGAGCUUAAUCAGUGCAUCGUGGAACGCCAGAACCGGCUGAAAACCGCCCUGACCAAGGCCGAGAGUUACCAGCAACACCGCGCCAAGCUCACGCCCUGGGUGACAGAGUGCGAGAAGCGGGAAGCUGACAUCCAGCCCUCCCUCGACCCAGCAGCCCUGGACGAGGCCUUGCAGAAGGCCAGGCAGCUGGGGUUAGACCUGGAGCACCAUCGCCCCCUCCUGGAGGGUUUAAACACCGCGGCCGACCAACUCCUUGAACACUGCCGCGUCGGAGAGGAAGACAUACGCGACGAGAAAGCCCAACUCAACCGUAGAGUCGACGUGCUGGCAGAAAAACUCCAGAACUGUGUUUCCCAACUGGAAGAGUUAGCGGAUCGACUGAAGGAGUUUGAGGACGGGCGGCAGGCAGUGGAGAGGAGGCUGGAGGCGGCGCGGCAUCAGAUCGAGGUGCAGGAGGCGCUGGGCCCACAGGCGUGCAGCAACAAGAGCCUGGAGCGGCUGAGGAGCCAGCAGGAGACGCUGCACUCGCUGCAGCCACAGGUGGCCUACCUGAGGGAUCUGGCCCAGGGGCUGGUGCAGGACGCACCCCACACAGCAGGGGGCGGCGUAGAGGGAGGACAGCGGCUGGAGCAGCAGGCCCGAGACACAGACAGAGAGUUUGGAGACGUCAGCGAAAAGAUUGAAAAGUGCUGUUCCACCCUGGAGUCCCGUCUCCAGGGUGUGGGGGAAGUCCAGUCCUCGGUACGCGACCUCUUCUCCCGCCUGGCCGACCUGGACGACGAGCUGGACUCGCUGAGCCCCGUGGGGCGCGAUGCCGACUCGCUCGCCUCGCAGGCGGAUGCCGUCCGCACUUUCCUGGCUCGCCUGGCCGCGUUGAGGUCGGAGCUUGAAGGUCACGGGGGCGACUGCACCGCCAUGCUCCGCCGAGAGGGGUCGUCUCCCGAUCUCCUCGCCCUGAGGAGAGAGACUGAGGCCCUGAGCCGCCAGGCUGGGAAGCUGGCCGAGAGGGGCCAGGCCAGACUGGAGCAGAUCGAGGCAGCUGCCGAGAAGGUGGGAGAAUUCUACGCCCAGGUGGCGGAGCUGCAAGGGCUCCUGGGACGGGCAGAGGAAGGGCUGAACUCGCAGGGCGUGGUGGGGACGGAGGUGGAGACCGUCAAGCAGCAGCUGCACGAGUUCAAGGCGGUGGAGAGGGAGCAGGUGGACAGCAUUCAACCCAAGCUGCAGCACGUGAACGCUGUGGGCCAGGGCCUGAUCCAGAGUGCAGCCAAACACACAGACACCCAGGCCCUGGAGCAUGACCUAGAGACCACCAACCUCAGAUGGAACUCCCUCAACAAGAGGAUUGCAGAGCGCAUCGCCCAGUUGCAGGAAGCUCUGUUGCAUUGUGGGAAGUUCCAGGAUGCCCUGGAGCCUCUUCUGAGCUGGCUGAGUGACACGGAGGAACUGGUAGCCAAUCAGAAGCCCCCGUCAGCCGAGUAUAGAGUGGUCAAGGCCCAGAUCCAGGAACAGAAGCUGUUACAAAGACUGCUGGACGACCGCAGAGCCACUGUUCAGAUGAUCCAGGGAGAGGGAGAGAGGAUCGCAGCCACGGCCGAGACACAGGACAAAGACAAGAUCCAGAAACACCUGGAGAGUCUGGGAGAGAGAUGGGACGAGCUGCUGGAGAAAGCCAGGGCAAGGCAGUGCCAGUUGGAGGAUCUGCAGGCGCUGGCACUUCAGUUCCACGAGGCGGUGGAGCCUCUUGGAGAGUGGCUGAGUGCCACCGAGCGACGCCUGAGCACCGUCGAGCCCAUGGGAACCCAGACUUCCAAGAUCACCCAACAGAUUACAAAACACAAGGCCGUCCAUGAGUCCGUCUCCUCUAGAAGAUCCGAGGUCAACCGCCUCGAGGCCCUCGGCCAAUCCCUGGCGCCCCUCAGCUGCGCGGCCGACCGCGAUUGGCUGAGGGAGCGUGUGGGGGCGGUGCGGCUAGGCCACUCGGAGCUCAGUGAUUGGUGCCAAUGCAGGGCCGUCAUGCUGGAGCAGGCCCUGGCCAAUGCCCAGCUGUUUGGGGAGGAUGAGGUGGAAGUGCUCAACUGGCUGGCUGAGGUGGGCCAGCGGCUGGGACAGGUGUCUGUGCAGAGCUACCAGCCAGGGGUCCUCACCCAGCAGCACAAGCACUCACUGUCUCUGAAUGAAGAGAUAGUGAGCAGGAAGAAGCAGGUUGACCAGGCCGUCAAGAACGGACAAGCCCUGCUCAAGCAAACCACUGGUGAGGAAGUUCUGCUGAUCCAGGAGAAGCUGGACGGUAUCAAGUCUCGCUACGCUGAGAUGACGGGCGGGAGCAGCAAAGCCCUCCGCAUCCUGGAGCAGGCCCUGCAGCUGAGCACGCGAUUUGCCAGCGCCCACGACGACCUCAACCACUGGUUGGACAAGGUGGAGGCGGAGCUCAACGUCAUGGAGCCCGACGCCACGCCAGCCUAUCAGGACAGACAGAAGGAGCUGAAGUGUGUGUCAGCGGAGAAACGUCUGGUUUUGGACACGGUCAACGAGGUGGGCAGCGCCCUCUUAGACCUGGUGCCCUGGCGUGCCCGCGAGGGCCUAGACCGCCUGGUGGCUGACGCCAACCAGCGCUACCGAGCGGCGGACGAGACCAUAACCCAGCGGGUACAGCUGGUACAGGCUGCCGUCCAGAGGUCACAACAGUAUGAGGAGGCGGUGGACGCGGAGCUGACCUGGGCUGGGGAGACGGAGAGGAAGCUAUCCUCCCUUGGUCCUCUGAGUCUGGAGCCUGACGUCACCGUGGCCCAGCUACAGGUCCAGAGGGCCUUCAAUAUCGACAUCAUCCGACACAAAGACACCGUGGACCAGCUACUCCACACCAGGGAUGACAUCCUGGAGACGUGCAGCGACCAGCAGAGAGACGCUCUGGUGGUGAAGACUGACUCGCUGACUGCCCGCUACGAAGUGGUGAGCCAGCGGCACCAGGAGCGUUUCUCCGCCCUGGAGCAGGCCCAGGUCCUGGUGGCCCGCUUCUGGGAGACCCAGGAGGAGCUGGAGCCCUGGCUGGGGGAGACAGAGACACUUAUCGCCCAGCUGCCCCCACCUGCCAUCGACACCGAGGCCCUGCGACUCCAACAGGAGCAGAUGAGGCUCUUGAGGGAGUCCAUAGCGGAGCACAAGCCCCACAUCGACAAGCUGCUGAAGAUUGGCCCCCAGCUGGCCGUUCUGAGUCAACAGGAGGGGGCCACGGUGAGGCAGCGCUACAGCGACGCCGAGGCACGCUACGCGGCCAUCAAGGAGGAGGUCAAGGGUCGCGCCGCCACCCUGGACGAGGCUGUGUCUCAGUCUGCGCAGCUGGUAGAGUUCCAUGACAAGAUGGACCCCCUAUUGGAGACCCUGGAAGGGGCUGUGCAGCGCCUCCGUUCCCCUUCUCCCGUGGCGGCGGAGGCAGAUAAGAUCCGAGAGCAGCUGGCUGAGCACAAGGCUACCGGGCUGGAGCUGGACAAACUGCUGCCCUCCUUCUCUGCCCUGUGUGCCCGUGGCGAGGAGCUCAUCAGUAGAGCAGCCCACGACGAUCCUGCCGCUGAAGCCGUACAUUCCCGUCUCCUCCGUCUGCGCUCCCUGUGGGAUGAGAUCCGGCAGAGGGCUGAGGAACGGGAAGGGAAGCUGACGGACGUCUUGGACCUGGCUGGGAAGUUCUGGGCCGACAUGGCAGCGCUACUGAGCACGCUCCGUGACUCGCAGGACAUCGUCAAGGAGCUGGAGGACCCCGGGGUGGACCCCUCACUCAUCAAACAGCAGAUAGAGGCGGCUGAGGCCAUCAAGGCCGAGACAGAUGGGCUGAGGGAGGAGCUGGAGUUUGUACGAACCCUUGGGGCUGAACUCAUCUUCGCCUGCGGAGAAACAGAGAAGCCUGAGGUCAAGAAGACCAUUGACGAGAUGAAUGUCGCCUGGGAAGGCCUGGACCGGACGUGGAGAGAGAGGAUGGAGAGGUUGGAGGAGGCCAUGGCUGCUUCUGUGCAGUACCAGGAUGCAUUGCAGGGCAUGUUUGACUACCUGGACAACACAGUGAUCAAGCUCUGUGACAUGUCCACUGUGGGCACUGAUCUGGGAACUGUCAAACAGCAGAUUGAAGAGCUCAAGCACUACAAGGUGGAGGUGUACCAGCAGCAGAUAGACAUGGAGAAGCUGUGCCACCAGGGGGAGCUGUUGCUCAAGAAGGUCUCGGACCAGAACGACAGAGACAUGAUCCAGGAGCCCCUCACGGAGCUCCGACACCUCUGGGACAACCUGGGGGACAAGAUCAUUCACAGACAGCAUAAGUUGGAAGGGGCUCUCCUGGCUCUAGGUCAGUUCCAGCAUGCCUUGUCUGAGCUGCAGUCCUGGCUGAGUCACACCCACGCCACCCUGGACACACAGAGACCCAUCAACUCUGACCCCAAGGCCAUCGAGAUAGAACUGGCCCGACACCACGUGCUGAGGAACGACGUGUUGUCCCAUCGCUCCACGGUGGAGACAGUGAACGCGGCGGGGGCUGAGCUGCUGGAGUCCAGUCCCGGGGAGGAGGCCAACCACCUCCGCGGCCAGCUGGACCACCUCAACCGCGGCUGGGAGAACCUGCUACUCAAGACCCAGGACCGGCAGAAACUACUGGAGGCCGCAUUGCACAAGGCGGAGGGUUUCCAUGGUGAGCUGGAAGAGUUCCUGCAGUGGCUGAGGAGGACAGAGAGCCAGCUGUCUGCAGCCAAACCCACAGGUGGUCUGCCUGAGACGGCCCGGGAGCAGCUGCAGCAGCACCUGGAGCUUCAGAUCCAGUUGGCCCAGCGCGCUGAGCAGUACAACCGGCUGCUGGACGCGGGGGAGUCCAUGUUGCUGUCCCGCGGGGGGGAGGAGGGUGGCCCCGGGGCUGGCACGACCCAGACACAACAGAACUUGGCCCUGCUGCAGAACAAGUGGGCCAACCUAAACACCAAGAUGGAUGACCGCAGGGCGAAGCUGGACGAAGCGGUGUCACUGGCCACAGGGUUCCAGUCCUCCCUCCAGGACACCAUCAACUGGCUGACCCAGGCUGAGCAGACCCUCAACAUGGCUCAGGCCCCCUCCCUCAUCCUGGACACCGUCCUCUUCCAGAUAGACGAACACAAGGUGUUUGUGAAUGAGGUGAACACCCACAGGGAGCAGGUUUUGGCUCUGGAGAAGGCCGGCUCUCAGCUGCGUUUCGCCAGUCUGAAGCAGGAUGUGGUUCUGAUCAAGAACCUUCUGCUGAGUGUACAGGCCCGUUGGGACAAGCUGGUGCAGAGGUCCCUGGACCGCGGCAGACACCUCGACGAAGCCCGCAAGAGGGCCAAGCAGUUUCAUGAGGCUUGGAGGAAACUGUCAGACUGGCUGGAGGAGGCUGAGAACCGGCUAGACUCUGAGCUGGAGAUCUCCAACGAGCCAGACAAGAUCAAAGUACAACUGACCAAACACAAGGAGUUUCAGAAGGCGCUGGGCUCUAAGCAGCCGGUGUAUGACACCACAGUGAGAUCUGGUAAGGCCAUGAGGGACAAGACCACGCUGCCCGAAGACACCCAGAAACUAGACCACCUACUGGGGGAGGUCAGGGACAAGUGGGACACCGUCUGUGGGAAGAGUGUUGAGAGGCAACACAAGCUAGAGGAGGCCCUGCUGUUCUCUGGUCAGUUUGCUGAGGCCCUGCAGGCCCUGGUGGACUGGCUGUACCGUGUAGAACCCCAGCUGGCUGAAGACCUGCCAGUCCACGGAGACCUGGACCUAGUCUCCAACCUCAUGGACUCACACAAGGCCUUCCAGAAGGAGUUGGGAAAGAGGACAACUAGUGUUCACGCCCUGAAGCGCUCAGCCAGAGAACUGAUGGAGACGGGCCGCGACGACACCGCCUGGGUCAAGGUUCAACUGCAAGAGCUCAGCAACCGCUGGGACACAGUCUGUGCCCUGUCUGUCACCAAGCAGACCCGUCUUCAGCAGGCCCUCAAACAGGCGGAGGAGUUCCGCACGGAGGUGCAGCUGCUGCUGGAGUGGCUGUCCGAGGCAGAGCAGACGCUGCGGUUCCGCGGCGUGCUGCCUGAGGAGGCGGAGACUCUGCAGACGCUGCUCCACACCCACCGGAACUUCAUGGCCACGGUGGAGGAGAAGAGGACCGACGUGAACCGGGCCGCGGGCCAGGGCGAGGCCAUCCUCACCACGUGCCACGCCGACUGCAUCACCACCAUCAAACACUGGAUUACCAUCGUCCGCUCCCGCUUUGAAGAGGUCCUCACAUGGGCCAAACAGCACGAGCAGCGUCUGGAGACUGCUCUGACAGAGCUACUCAACAACGCCACGCUAUUGGAGGAGCUGUUGUCAUGGCUGCAGUGGGCAGAGACCACCCUAGUCCAGCGUGACGGAGAGACCCUUCCACAGGACAUCCCUCAGCUCAAAACACUCAUAACAGAACACCAGGUGUUUAUGGAGGAGAUGACCCGGAAGCAGCCUGACGUGGACAAAGUGACCAAGACUUACAAGAGGAAACCAGCAGAGCCCCCUAGCAGCCUAGCUGAGAGGAGAGGAGCUCGUAAAAACCAGCAGCAACAACAGCAUCAACAACAGGCGGCGAUGCAAGUCGCCGGGGGCAACCCCCGCUUGACUCAGCUAUGCUCAAGGUGGCAGCAGGUGUGGCUGCUUGCCCUCGACCGCCAACGGAAGCUCAACGACGCCCUCGACAGGCUUGAAGAGCUGAAAGAGUUUGCCAACUUUGACUUUGACGUGUGGAGGAAGAAGUACAUGCGCUGGAUGAACCACAAGAAGUCUCGCGUCAUGGACUUCUUCAGACGCAUCGACAAGGACCAGGACGGAAAGAUCACUCGCCAGGAGUUCAUUGACGGCAUCCUGGCCUCAAAGUUCCCCACCAGCAGGUUGGAGAUGACGGCGGUGGCAGACAUCUUUGACCAGGACCGAGACGGUUACAUCGACUACUACGAGUUUGUGGCGGCGCUGCACCCCAACAAGGAUGCCUACCGGCCCACCACCGACGCUGACAAGAUAGAAGACGAGGUGACCAGACAGGUGGCACAGUGUAAAUGUGCCAAGCGGUUCCAGGUGGAGCAGAUAGGAGAGAACAAGUACAGAUUCUUCCUUGGAAACCAGUUUGGUGACUCGCAGCAGCUUCGGUUGGUGCGUAUCCUGCGCAGUACGGUCAUGGUGCGGGUCGGAGGGGGCUGGAUGGCCCUGGACGAGUUCCUGGUCAAGAACGACCCCUGCAGAGUGCAACAUCCUGGACUUAAGAUCCUUCGCUCCGACUCCAGUAGCACCAUUUCAUCUCGUAUAGUGACGGUCACUCCUGGCUAUUUCUGCUGCAGAGCCCGAGGCCGUACCAACCUGGAGCUGCGUGAGAAGUUCAUCCUUCCGGAGGGUGCUUCCCACGGCCUGGCGGCAUUCCGCUCCCGAGGCCGGCGCUCCAAACCCGGCUCCCGCACGGCCUCGCCCACCCGCUCCUCCUCCUCGGCCUCGCACAGCGCACAUAGCUGCGCAUCCUUGCCCUCUGCUCCCGCCACCCCCACCGCCUCCUCUAGGUCCUCAAACUCGCGUGGCUAUGCCAAGCCCUGGCUGGCACACAGUAAAACUCCAACACCAACCAAGUGCCAGUCCUGCCCAGACCACGACCACACCACCCCUGGGCAUGAGGGAGCAGCGUCGGGGUCCAAGCUGAAGAGGCCCACCUUCCACUCCAGCCGAGGGUCUCUGACUGGAGAGAAUGGAGGAGCUACACCCAUUUCUACUAAACCUGGACGUACCGACCCCAAGCGUACCCCAUCGGGGGCCAGUGGUCCGGUCAGCCGGGCGGGCAGCCGGGCGGGCAGCAGGGCAAGCAGCCGGCGGGGCAGCGACGCUUCGGAUGCCUCUGAGCUCCUGGAGACUCGCUCGGACACCUCGGACACCCCCCGGCGCCCAGGAGCGGCCAAGCCCUCCAAGAUCCCUACCAUCUCCAAGAAGGCCCCAAGCCCCAAGACACCCGCUUCUGGGAAGAAAUAGUGAAGGAGAUGUCAAAAAGACGUCAUAAAAACAUCAUACAGCCAACCAUAGAGUCGUCAACAUAACAGCGUCAUACAUCUAACUAUCGGGCUGGUUUGACUCCAAGGGCUUCCCCAGCCCCCCAAAACACCAGCCAUGAUGAAAUAGGGAAGAUGUCCAGACUAUAGAAUUAGAUCAAGUAGAACGUACCGUCUCCCUUUCAAAGAGAUGCUCUAUAGUGAACAGACUACUGGCGGCCAUAUUGGGUGUCACAUUUGAUCCAAACGUCCAUCCAUAGGGCUUGCAUGGGAUUCAUGCACCAAGACUACUGUAUGAAGGGCAGGGAGAGAGAUAGGGGAAGAUAUCUCUCUCUUCCUCCCUCGUACACACACUCGGAAAAAAACCUCACUGGGGGUGUCUGGUUCGUGCACUUAGACGGAACAGAACUUUCCCCUUUUAAAACCCAGAUCCCAGUUUGCCUUCCAGUCUCCUGUGUGCUCUGUCUCGUAACGGGAUUGUGAUAGACUGUUGUAGAGAAAGCCACAGCAAUUUGAACCGACAACCAACCAACAUAAUGCUGCCUUACUGUGUUACACAUUUCUGUCCUUACUUUUACCUAAUCUGAGUUCCAGAGAACGUUAGGUAGAGCCUUGUAACUACUUUGUGUAUGUACACACUGACACGCACAGAACUGAAGCACACACACACACACAUUGAGGGGAGAGAUUAAAUGACUCGGAACUUCCUGGAGAAUGGCAUUCAAAAUAACUGGAUUGUGGGUAUUGUGGACAUUAUUUUUUUUCUCACCAUGAGUUCAACUGAAUAUAUGCAAUGAUUGCCAUCUUGUUUUUUUCCUCCCCUGGACUGGGAAGUGAAGAGGAAUGACACUUCAGCAUGUCUAUGGGUCGGGAACAUCCAGACUAGCGUGAAUCUACUGUUCAGUGUCUGGGCGGCGCCACUCUGACCACUUCCUGCACUGAGCUAACUGCCUAAACCUCAAGCCCAGGAGACCGCGGAAGUGGCGGGAAACACACUGCAAUGUCCUCACAAACCCCUGCAACAUUGGAAGUGUGUUUAAAGGUGUGUAUGUGAGUGUGUGUUUGAUGGUAUGGAGGGUUUCUCAUGUUGUCCUAUAAUAUGAAACCUGGGUUUCUGAGAAGAAAAGCACUAUUUCUUGGUGGGACCCCACUAACAGCAGAAACCUGACAGUGUGAAACAACGUAGUCGAUUUGUAAGGACACACAAUUUAAGCGACUAUAAUUCUACCAUUAGAGAUUGAAGACCAGCACACACUGACGGUGUAUCGCUGUAAUUCCACAUUGCCCCUCCCCCUACGUUGCCGCUGGAAACCCCAUAGCCGCAAACACAUGUUUGUACACGUGUGUAGUCGUCACGUGUUUACAGGAAUCAAAGGUCAUCGACUUGCGUCACUGUAUGCAAAGAUUUCAUUUGUGAAUGUCUUUCGUUCGGGUUAAUUUAUCAUCCUGUUGUAUUUUGUUUUAGUUUUGCUUUUGUAGUUUAAGAAAACAUUUAUAUUUAUUUUUCAGUUCUGUAAUCAUCACCUUGGAGAAUGAUUAGUGUUAAUACAAUGAAAUCAUGAUCUUUUGUACCAAGGAAAAUGUCUGCUUCCUCUCUUCAACGUUGUAUGUUAUUACUUCUUAACAUAACUUUACUCAACUAGGAAGCUGACUUUCCGUGGCAGCCUUUUUUGCUAAUGACUACAACUCCCUGAACAUGACCAAAGGGGGUUGCCCUUAUUGUGUUGACAAAAAAAAACUACAAAUAUGGAUGCCAGGGUACCGAACCCCCAGUGUCCCUCCUUACAGGCGUUUGACUUGUCA